UGUUUUUCUCCACGUGUGCAGACAUGGGCUGUAAGUUGCAGAAGCCUCGAGGCUCAGAUGAAGCUCCGGGGAAGAUUUUCUCCACCCUCAGAAGAGCGCAAGUGGAGACGCACUCAGGAGUGGCCUAUACAUACCACUUCCUGGACUUUCUGUUAGGAAAAGAAGAGGUGGCAGUGUCCUCAUUGCUGUGUCUGUCGUCAGUCAGAGAGCUUCCGGUGCAGGUGUGUGAGUUGUAUCAGAAGGGGUUCGUACUGGCUGCUGUCCAUCCCUUUGUUCACUCCUGCGGCCCUGCUAGUGCUAACCUUCAGAAGCAGUUACACCGGGCUGUGCUCAUCAGAGAAACACACAGUGGUUCUGACAGUGGUCUGCUGAACUGGGUUGAGCCUCAUCUCAUGACAGACGUGUGUUACCUCGGUCACCAGGACCCUGACCCAGAAGUCAUACAGGGCUAUGUGAAAAAGGUGCAGGAUUUGGCUGAUCAGGGUGAUCUGUUUGUGGGCUUUUUGCCACAGCCCGGUGGAGGUCCGUAUUUCCUUGGUCACUGGGAACCAGAAGAUCUUUCCUCCUUGCACUCCAGUCCCUGUUCUGUUCAUCACAGCAGCCGACCUCCGACCCUCAGUCCUGCGAGCGAGCAGAGCCAACAGGAUAGAGACAAUGGGGAUCAACGAAACCAGAAUCGUACAAACUUUAAUUCAGACAAUGAAGACAUUAUGAACCAUGGCUUGCAAGUAGAAAGCACUGAGAGCAGCCAGAGCUGGAAUAAUCAGAAUCCUUUCGCUGAGAGCCAUCAGUGUCCUGAUUAUCAGUACUUAAAUGUUGAAGGUGAAUGUACGCAAGCUGGGGAUUUGAAGAACGAUGAGUUUAUAUUAAGCUCUUGUGCACCAGAGCCACAUCAGAUCCAGAGCACAAGAAUGCAGCCGGACUUGCCCAGCUGUGAUUUGGCAGAAAACAACAAAAGAGAGCACAGAGAGCAGGUCAAAAGCCAAGACAAACACAGCAAGCGUAGCGGAACCACCCCGAUGCUGAAUCGUGUGCAGGUGUUCGCGCUGUACAACCACACGAUAGUUCUGUCGGGAUCCCCAAAGAUCUUUUCUCUGAGGGUCCCACUGCAGGUGCGCAGGGAGGCGGGGCUUGUUAGCUCGGUUGACUCCCAUUGGCUGGACCACAUGACGCAGCACUUCAGAAGUGGCGCGCAACUCAUUGACGGCUACUUUAACCUUGAAGAUGAUGCAGCAUCUUCUUCCAUUGUGGAGAGUGUUUUUAUCUUCCAAAGUGCUUCAGGUGAUGCCGGGCCAAGCACAGUGUAUGACGCCAUUGUAGUUGAGCAAUGGACUGUUAUUGAUGGUGUUGCGGUGAAAACAGACUACAUUCCUCUGCUCCAGUCUCUGGCUCCAUACGGCUGGAGACUAAUGUGUGUUCUGCCCACUCCCAUCGUCAAAAUGAAGAGUGAUGGAAGUUUGGCCACAAAACAGAUCCUCUUCCUCCAGAGACCCACGCUGCCUCGCAAGAGGAGAGACUUGACGAAACUGCACCUCAGAGGUCAGAACAAAAGGAACUCGAAUAAUAAAAGGACACCUGAGAGGGAGAUAUCACCGCUGGCAACAAUUGAGAGAGAAAUGGAACGAAUGGAGAGAGAAAACACAAGUCUAAUGAGACAACGUGAGAUUAUCCAGAAGGAAAAUGGGCAGAAUUUGCCAGAAAGCCCAGAGAGGAGAGAUCAAGCGGAAAGGACGGUGGAUUUCCACAGGCAGAGGAUCGACAUCCCAAACCUCAGCCCAGCAAAAAAGGAUUCAAUUACAAACGGCAAUCAGGAAUUAAAGCGCACAAUUACGUGUGGUAAACACGAGGACGUGCGAGCAGUGGUAACAGAGAGGGCUUUAUUCUCUGGAGUGUGCUGA